GUAUUCCACAAGGCAGAGAGGUUCUCUCCCUCGUCCUAAUAAAGGAGAAGAUUCGUAGCUCAGGGUUGAACUGUGGGGUCCUUGGUGCUCUCUGAGCUUGGUGGUGUUUGUUGCAGAGCGUUUCAUAAGCCUAACUAGGUAACGUCAUCAGUGCUAGUAAGGAAUGACAGGGCAAGACAGAAUAUAAACAGAGAAUAAACACCACUCCUUACUAGCAGUGAUGAUGUUACCCAGUUUGGGUAAUGAAACAUCUGCAAAAAACCCCAAGCUCAGAGAGCACCAAGGACUGUUCUUGGCCCUGCCAGACAAGACUCCUUGGCUGAUGGGUCCCUCCUGCCAGCCCUGAUGAAAAGGGGAGAUGCCGCUGGGGAGGCCUCUAGUCACCAGGCCUCAGCUCAUAGGGGGCUUUGGAGGUCAUUGACAGAAUCUAGAAUCGUCAACGUGACUGCUGCUGAAGCUCCUCGAACAGAGGUGUGACAUGCACAGCAUUGUGGACACACGUAACUGCCCGCACAGCUGCAUUUUGAACUAGUUGAAGCUUCCUGAUAUUCUUCAAGGGCAAGCCCUGUGUAGAACACACUGCAGGAAUCUGUAGGAGAGGUGACUAACAUGAAUGACAGCUAUUGCAACCAUUAUAAUUUAGAGGCACUGAGGAUAGGUUCACAUUCUAGAUUAGGGGAAAGUUGGAGAAGGCAGUUUACUUUUGGUCUCUUAAGGGAAAGCAGGCAUGGUCUUGCCAAGAUGUCCAAACCAGGCCAUUGGCCUCAACUGUAACACAGUCUGCCUAGGGAACGUAACAUGUUCUAUGCAUGUCUUUAAUCCAGUAUACCAUCAACUCAGCCUGGAGACUCCAGCCUGAAAAAGGUGGUGAAGGCUUCAAAGGCCCCCACCCACUUGUCCAUUGGACAGAGGAACUCUGCUUUAAGAUCCUUGUCAGAGUAAGCUGUAAAUUGUUGAUUGCCAACGCUCUAAUCUUGUUGGUGCUUGUCACAUGUCCACACUUAUCUGCUGGCCCUCCAGAUCAGUUCCCCAAUCUGAGAGACGGUUUCCGAGGCUGAAUUCAGGCAGGAUAUUAAUUGGUGCAAGAGCCCAGUGUCUUUGGAGACCACCUUCUGCCUGCUGGGCAAAGGGCAUCUUGAAGAAUAUCUGCACCUUCCUGAGCAGUGACAGAACAGCCAAGGCCCCCCUGCAUUCCAGACAUCCAGAGGCCAUGAGAAAGGCCUCCUGGGGGACAGCUGCCUGCUUGAUGCUCUGGGCUCGGUUCUUCCUUCUCCUGGCAAUGGAGCAAACAGAAGCUGCCAGCCGGGUACAGUGUCUCAACAAUUACGGUUUUCAGGGACGCAGAGUGGACUGCCAAUGGCACCGCCAUCAGGCCUUGGAGGGAACUCUGUUCUACCUCAAUUUCUCUGACACCCUCGGACUCUCCAGUGACCUCAUCUGUCCUCUGUCCGCCUCCCCUGGCACCUCGGAUCACUUCAACUGCUCCGUGCACAGCGAGGAAGGCGAGUUCACAGAAAACGACGAGUACCAAGUGAUUCUGCAUGGCAGCUCCUCCUCAGGAGAAAACCAGACCGACGUGAUCUUUGUGGCAUAUAAACCCAGACUACACAUUCAGUGCGAUCCGCCCUUUGAUCUGCAGAGCAAGUGCAGUGACCAUGCAUGCCGGCUCUCCUGGAAGAGGCCAAGGGCCUGUGAGGAGGUUUUGGAGGACUGGCAGUGGGAGCUGACAUUCAAGGCUGUUCAAGACCCCUGGGAGCAAGCACAGAGAAGGGUCUUCGUCAACUCGGAAACCUGGGUGCACCUAGAAGGCUUUGAGUUCAAGAGUGAGAGAGAUUAUGUUGCACGAAUGCGCUGCAAAACACCAGAGGAAAACCAUCACUAUGGCAGCCACUGGAGUCCAUGGAGUUCCUGUGUCACUUGGACGGCUCAGCCAGGUGACUGGCAGCAUCCGGACGCUCCCAUCUCCUUCCUCAUCUGCCUCGGCAGCCUCCUGCUCUUGCUGGCGCUGGCCUUCGCCCUCUCCAAGAGGGUGCGGAGCAGCUGCAGGACCACCAUCCCCACGCCGGCCGCCUUCUUCCAGCCUCUUCGCCUGGCUCCCCACGGGGAUUUCAAGGUAACGGCCGGGCUCCGGCUCUUCCUUCCGGCCGCCCUUCCGCCCUUCCCGGGGCUUGGGCGAGGCCGGCUGACGCUGCUGCACUCUCCCGCAGGGCUGGGCUGGGCUGGCCCCUGUGCCGGCGGUGGAGGCCGUUUCCCAGCUCUCCUUCCUGCAGCCGCCCGCCUGUGCCGGGCCAGCCAAGCAGCGCGUAUCCCCACCGGCCGAAGAGCUUCGAGGGGCGGCGCUGGAGCCCGAGCACCCGCCCGGCGACUACUGCACCCUUGGGGGGGGGGGCGAAGGGGCGGCCCUCAUGCCGGCCCACUGGACAACGCCUCCCGAGGCCCGCUCGGCACCUCCACCCGGCUCGCUUCCCUUCCGCGGCCAAGGCCAGCCCGGCGCUCUGGGAGGGCCGCUCCGGGACAGCAGCUCGAGCGGGGAGGCUCGUCCGAUGCGGCCCCUCUUCUUUUUAGGCUCUAAAGCAACGGGAAGCGUUGGAAACCCUGAAGGUCAUCGGUGCAUCGCAUCCUUUUCUAUAGAUCUCAAAUAACUAUUCCAACAAUUUGUUUUUUUACAAUUGGCUGCUCCUCCUUUUAGGGGGGUGGAAGGGGGGGUUAAUAGAAAAGUAGGAUUGAUAUGAAAGAUGCCUACAUGGUACCUGAGAAGACUUUCUGCUCAUUGCUUCUGCUUCCUCUUGUCCUUUUGCAGAUCAUAAAAUAAAGACAUGGGGGGGACGAUUGAUAGAAAUGUCCUGACUGAGUAAUCGGGGACUGGGCUCUGGAGGGCCCUGCAGCUGUAGGGAGCUGCCUUGCCUGCUCCUUUCGCCAGGUGAAGCCACCAAGAAUCAGAGGCUGCAGGAAGAAGCUGCUUGGCCUACAGUCCAGUCGUAGGUCUUUGCAAUUAACACAUGCGAUUUAAACGCAGAGCCUUUUGUUGGCCAGUCCACAAAGUGGCUAAAAGUUUUACAUUGGGAUGAGGUGAGAGUUGGAGGUGAGGGAUUUUGUCACCAACAAACAGGACGUCUCAAUGCUGUGCUUAGGUAGGCCUGAAAUCGGAUGACAAGAGAUCCAGCCAGCAUUCUUCACUCUUCAACAAUGAUCUAGAUCAGCAGUCUCCAGCCUUUUGGGAUCCAUGCACCAGUGCCAGGGGGAAGCAGAGGAGAUGAUCCCACACGUGCACAUAUAAAGCUUCAUGCACUCACCCCCUGCUUGCGUGGCCCAGUCCACGGCCCAUGGGUUGGGGAUCCUGGUCUAGAUGAGGGGCAUCAAUGAAUAAAAGGGGAGGGGCAUCAAAUUUUCAGAUGACACCAAACCAAGGGAAUUACAAAUACUUUGUAAGGUAAGUUAAGAUUCUUGACAGGCGUCAGCCUUGGGCCCCAUCCAACAAGCUUCAAUUCAGUGGUGAGAAAAAUAAAGUCCUGCACUUACGCAGAAAAAGUCAGAUGUGUAAGUAUAGAACAGGUGGUACCUGGCUCAACAGUAGUAACUGAAAGGGUUCCAAGUACCCUAUUGGGCUGCCUCUUAAGUAUGAGCCAGCCGUAUGCUGCAGCUUCCAAAAGAGCCAAUGCAAUUCUAAGCUGCAUCAACAGAGGGAUAGUAUCAAGAUCACGGGGAGUGACAGCACUGCUCUAUAUUGCACUAGUCAGGCCACACUUGGAAUAUUGCAUCCAGUUCUGGUUGCCACCAAAAACCAAACCAAAUUUGUGCA